AAACGAGUGACAAACAAAAAAAAAGCAAAAAAGUACAUAGCCAAACCGUUGUCAUAGCAACGAAUGGCGCCAACAAUAAACUUCUGUGAUUUUGCAGUGAAAUUAAAACUACUCCGUUAUGAAUGAAAACACAGAAUUACACACAUAUACGGCAGAUGACUCGCUUGAAAAUGAUAUCCAGGAAUAUCAUGAGAUAAAACAAGAUACAACACUUGAUGACAUAGAAACUUCUUUUUCAUCAAAACCAUCUCCAAAACGGUUGAACGAUUAUGAUUUUUUCACCCAGCACGAUGUAAAAACUGAAAAGAAGAAGCAUCUGAAGAAGAAAAAAUCGAAGAAGAAAGAUAAGUCUUCUAAUCUAAUGGAUAUUAUAAGUUCUGAAAUAGCAGCUUCAGUGGCACCUGUAACUGAAAAUGUUGUCACCAUGGUGGAUGUUAGUAAAGAACGACAAAGUAGUUAUUUGCGAAGUUUAUCUAAUACGACAUUUCGAAAAUCUAGAACCUUCAUCUCUGAUGCUGAAAGUGGAUGGAAUUCCAAAUCAGAUCUGGCAAACUUGAGUCCUAUAUUUCCGAGGAUUCUGGAAAAUGCAGUGACUGAAGCUUGUCUGGUAGAAGCCGAAUAUGUAGAACCGUGCACAUUUAACGAUAUUGUAGCCAAAAACAACGAUACCAAUAAUGAGACCUCCAUUAAAUUCUUAGACAUAUCGAUAAGAAAUAUUACAGCUAAACACCACCAUUCAUUUACAUUAGAAAAAUUACUUUGUUCGAAACUUUUAGACACAUAUAAUGAAUACAGUAAAGUUCAAAAACUUUUGAAAGUCCUUUCAAAGGACAUUAAAGUGAAUAGGGAAACAAAGGAUAAUCUUAAAGCAGAUUUGAUGAAAGUCAGCCCUAGUAAAAAAGAGGAUGUUCGAUUCGAUAAAACUGUUAGAAAGUAUACCGACAAACUCAUACACCUUAAAGCAAUAUUUAAAGAAAAUAUAAAAUUAAAGAAGCAAUUUAUGCACAAGGUUAUAUCGUUAUGGUCUGAUAUUGAAAUGGUAAGGGAGAAACGCGAGUGUAUCGAGACACCGUACUUAUUAGACUUCACGAAAAUAGAAUACAAUGAAAAUGAAUUCGAGAAACAAUGGAAUGAUACAUUUAACACAGAAUAUUUAGAUAUACUUGAUUUAAUUGAGUACGAAUAUGUUACUAAUUAUUUAGAAUAUAAAGAAGCGAAAAGUGAACACAAAAGAAAUCCUGAUAAUAAACCGAUAAAGCCUAAGUUAAUUAUUGAUAAAGAAAAAAUUAAAAGUGAGGCAGAAAUGUUUGUUGAUGAGGUAGUCAAUAAAGAAGAGAUAGAUAUUGAAUUGAAAAAAGACGAAAGCAUACUAACAGAUUUUAAACAAAUAGGACAACGCUUCGUAAAACAUAACUAUAAUUUCCUGGUUUACGUAGAUGAUGUUUUUGUAUGCGAAUCUGAAAAUUAUUUAAGUGCGAUAUGUUUAGCGUAG